ACUACUUAACAAAGUGUUAUGUUCAAAUGAAAUAAAAAUUCCAAUUAAAUAUUAGUAUAUUUAAUUAUGGAAAAUAAUCAUUGAAUUGAUAAAAUUUUAAUAAACUAAACAUUAUGAAACUAGUAAAACCUAAUUGGGUUACUCACGAUGGAUAUUCAAUCUUUUCCGUGGAUAUACAUCCAGAUGGGAAAAGAUUUGCUACUGGUGGUCAAGGUGGUGAUUCUGGUAGAGUUGUUAUAUGGAAUAUGGAACCAGUAGUUAAUGAAAUUGCAGAAUUAGAUGAAAAUAUUCCAAAAAUGUUAUGUCAAUUAGAUAACCAUCUUGCUUGUGUCAAUUGUGUGAGAUGGAGUAAUACUGGAUUAUUAGCAUCAGGUGGUGUAGAUAAAUUAAUUAUGAUCUGGAGAUUGUCAGGUGGAUCAGGUGGAAGUUCAAUAUUUGGUGGAAAAUCCAGUAUUGAAACAUGGCGUUGCAUAGCUACAUUACGUUCACAUGAAGCUGAUGUACUUGAUCUUGCAUGGGCACCACAUAGUCCAUGGUUAGCUUCUGCAUCAGUAGAUAACAGUGUAAUCGUAUGGGAUGCAUCAAAAUUUCCAGCUAUUGUAGCUGUUUUAAAAGGUCAUACUGGAUUUGUAAAAGGAAUUACAUGGGAUCCAGUAGGAAAAUAUUUAGCAUCUCAAUCUGAUGAUAAAACAUUAAGAGUAUGGCGUACUACAGAUUGGACAGAAGCUGCACUAAUAUCAGAACCAUUUGAUGAAUGUGGUGGAACAACUCAUGUUUUAAGACUUUCUUGGAGUCCAGAUGGACAAUAUUUAGUAUCAGCUCAUGCGAUGAAUGGUGGAGGUCCAACAGCACAAAUAAUUGAAAGAGAUGGAUGGACACAAGAUAAAGAUUUUGUUGGUCAUCGUAAAGCUGUCACAUGUGUGAGAUUUAAUGGUAAUAUUUUACAAAAGAAGCAACCUGGUUCUUCUAAACCACAACAGUAUUGUUGCGUCGCUAUAGGAUCACGUGAUCGUUCUUUAUCUGUAUGGUUAACAUCUCUGAAACGGCCUUUAGUUGUAAUUCAUGAAUUAUUUACACACUCAGUCUUAGAUGCUAGUUGGUCACCAUGUGGUCUUCGAUUAGCUGCUUGUUCUUGGGAUGGAUCUGUUGUACUUAUUGAAUUUACACAACAAGAAUUAGGUCAACCAUUAGAUCCUGCUGAACAAAGUAGUCUUCAUGAGCGUUUAUAUGGUAAACCAUUAGUUCAAGGUGGUUGCACAGUAAUGGAAGCACCUGAACUUCUUAAUCUAAAAACAUCGGUAUCGUCGACACAAACUACAACACUUUUAAAUACAAAUUUAGUACAUCCACCCACUAGUACUGCAACUACUCCUGCCAAAGGUCCAAUUAAUAAGCAAAUUGAAACAAGAACAUCAGAUGGUAAAAGACGAAUAACACCAAUGUUUAUACCACCACCAUCUGAUACAAUGGAUUCUUCAAGUAAUAGAUUAAGAACACCAACAUUUACAAGUCAAGUAAAAAGUUCUAUUGUUAUUGAAAAACGAAAUGAUGUUGUGACACCCAAUGUUACUUCUUCUGUACAUUCAACGAAUAUAAAUAGCCAAACUUCUGCACUUACAUUGAAACGUCGUGAUCAGUCCACACCAAAAUCAUAUCAUACUUCAUUUAACAAAAAACCAAAAAUUACAUCUGAAAGAAAUACAAAUCAAAUUAUACUGCCUCCAUUAAAACCGUCCAGUUCAUUAUCUCAACAAGCUGGUCAUUAUGCAGUAACUGUUACUAAUAGCCAAGGUUUAGCUCAUUUACAAGUAUUUAAAGGCACAGAUUCUGAACCAACUUGGGAUUUGUAUUUGGGAUAUAGUGCUGUAGCACUUGCAGCAUCGCCGGCAGUUAUAGCACUCGGAUUAGAAGAUGGUAGUCUGCAUACAUUUCAUCCUAUAAAAGGAUGUCGUCCAGCACCACCUUUAGCGCCACCUGCACCACUUGCAAAAGUUCAUGCAGUUGGAAAUGCAGUAAUGGUUAUAUCAAGUUGUGGUGCUGUACGUGUUUGGGAAAUAGGAUAUUCAUGUAGAAUGAUAGUUUCUACAUCUGCUGCACAUUUAGCAGUACCUGGUACUUCUUUAUUGUCCUGUACUUUAUAUAAUGGGAUGCCGCAUUUAGCUUUCACUAAUGCUAGGGCAUAUAUAUAUCAUAAAGAAAUGGGUACAUGGUUAUUAAUCGGCGAUAGUCAAGAUCCUAUAUGGCGUUGGGCUUCAUUUAAUGCAUCAAGUGCAUCGGGAAACAGAGCUCCCAAAGGUCCAUUAUCUUCCUUACAAGAAGGACUAUUUAGAACAGCAGGAAAUACUUUCCCUAAUCCGAGAUUACCACAUAGUGCUCCAAGCGUAGUAUCUUAUUUAGAACAACAAUUACUUGCUUCUAAGGCUCUUGGAAGUGCUCAAGAAUAUAUGCAUUGGCUCAUGGCUUUAGUAUCAUUUUUAUUAACUCAAGAUGGAUUGGAAAAACGUUUGAGAUUAAUCCUAGAUGAAUUUUUGGGUCCAAGUCAUACAUCAGCUUCUAAAAGUAUAUGGGAUCCUUUAAUUUUGGGAAUUAAAAAACAUAAACUUUUGGAAGAUAUAUUAUCUAUUAUUGGAGGACAUCUUCGUUGGCAAAGAUUGUAUCUUGAAUACAUGGAACAAUUAACAGCGCUAAAAAACCAAAUUAAUUAAAAACAAUUAUUAAAAAUAUAUAUUUAAAAUAAUAUAUAAAACAUAAUGUGAUUAUUAUAUGUUCUAAAACGGUGUUAGAAAACUUGAGAACAUAAUUAUAUUUAUAAUAAAAAAAAUUAUGAUGGUAAGUUCAUAAAUUUCUUACUUCAAAUUAAAUAACAAUUAAAUAAUAUAAUCAUUUCCGAUUUUAAUAAUAAUAACAUAAGUAUAUAAGUAAAUAGCGAUUCGAUUUCAUAUCUCAUCAUUUUUUAUUAUCAUUUUAAUUUAAAUAUUACAAUACAUUACUACAAAUAAGUAUACAAAUAUAUAUAUACAAAUAAGUAUAUUUUUAAAGCAAGAAAUUUAUGAAUUCAUAAUUAUAAAAACUGCCUUA